UUUUUUUGUCAUUCAUUCAAUCAUUCAACCAUCAUCAUUGAAAUCACCACAUGAAACAAAUAUAAACAUUUGAACAUCUUUGGUUUCGCAUAAAAGCAGAUAAUGAUGAUAAUCGUCAAAAUACAACGGUUAUUACGGCAAUAGCUGAAAAUAGGACAAGAGAAAGAUAUUUAUCAUCAUUGUACAACGACGAUCGUAAUCAAUCAAUAUUUAUUCAUAAUCCGAUUAGGCAGAAAAUUUUACAACAAAAUUUCAGUGAUCAAGCCGAUAAUGUUCGAUUGAUUUCUAUGUCUCGUUUUCAUCCAUCUGAUCAUAAUGAUUGUAUAUUGGCCACUGAAAUUAUUAACGAUAAUAAUAAUCACCAUCAACAAACGAUUUCAACAUUGAAUCAAAUUCAUCAACAACAACGUAACCACCGAUCAACAACACAGUCAUUAUCGUCAACCAUAUCUACAUUAUCAUAUCAUUCUUCUCGUCAUAAUCAUUGUAAAAACAUUCCAAUAGAAUCAAAAUUCUUUCUCAUUAAUCUAAUACGGAAUGUAUUCUACAUGCCGUCGACAAUACCAAAAAAGAGAAAAUUUUUAUCAGCAAUCACAUUGCUUAUACUGGUUUCAAUAUUUUGUUUGAUAUCCAGUUCAUUAGUCAAUGUAUUGAUCUCAUCAUCAUCAUCAUCAUCAUCGUCAUCGUCAUCGUCCGCAUUACAGCAUUCAUCAUCAUCAUUAUUUCCAUAUUUAGCUAAAGCCAAUGAUAAUGAUAAUGAUGAAUUGGCCAACAAUAUUGACACCCGACUACAAUCAUCACAUCAACAGCCAAUUCAAUUGAAUGAAAUAUUUCGUGAUGAAUUAUCAGCAAACUAUUUUAAUGGUUCAUGGAUUUCCAACAAUGAAAUCGCCUUUUAUGAUGUCGAAUACAAUCUUUGUUUGUAUAAUGUUGAACAACAGAUAACGAAACAAUUUAUUCAUUUUAUACAGGUGUUGACCAAAAAUCUUCGUGGAUUACAGCUAUCGAAAGAUAAACAGUAUUUAUUAUGGUCAAAAACGGAGCCAACCGAAUUGUUUCGUUAUUCGAAAUUAUCUAAAUUAAAAAUCUAUGACAUUCAUAAUGAUACGAUCAUACAGUUAUUUGAUGGACCACUAUUUGUUGAUGCACGUUUUCAAUGGGCUGAAUGGGGUCCAAAAAAUUCUCAAUUGGUAUUUAUUUAUGAUAAUAACAUUUAUUAUCGCCAUUCAGCACGUUCGGAUACGAUUCGAUUGACCGUGACCGGUGUUUCUGGUGUUAUAUUCAAUGGCCAUUGUGAUUGGCUUUAUGAAGAAGAGAUUAUGAAUCAGGCUAAAGCAUUUUGGUUUUCACCAAACGGUGAUUAUCUAGCCUAUUUACAGAUUAACGAUACAUUGGUCAAUAUGGUUGCAUUCAAACGUUUUGGAGAAUAUUCAAAUGUAACAACAAAUCAAUAUCCACAUUUACAAACGAUUCGUUAUCCAAAACCUGGUCGACAUAAUCCACAAGUAACAAUUUAUGUGGUUAAUCUUCAUUCGCAGACUGAACAUAUUCGUAUGAUACGAAUUGAUCCACCGAUGAAAAUAUUCAAUGAACGUGAUUAUUAUGUUUCCCGUGUGAUUUGGUAUGAUGAUAAACGUUUAUUGAUUGUAUGGACUAGACGUGAUCAACGGCGAUCAUUAUUAACAAUUUGUGAUAGUAAUUAUCAAUGGAAAUGUCAAGAGCUUUACGAUUUAUUUUCCACAACCGGUUGGGUGGAUGGUUUCGAAGAUGGUUUAUUGAGCGCUGCAUAUGUUGAUAAAGUUAUUAUUCGGACACCGAAAUUUGGUAGUAAAAUUCGUGGUGAUUUUUAUCAUAUUGCUGCCAUUAAUAUUAAGGAUAAAUCGAUUAAUUUUCUCACACAAGGGGAUUAUGAUAUUAUCAAAUUGAUUCAUUACUCGCCGAUCACCAAUGAAGUAUAUUAUGCAUCAACAUUGAGUAAUCAUCCUGAAGUACAGCAUAUAAUGAAAACUUCAUUAACAAUUAAAUCUGAUACAGUCUGUCUAACCUGUUAUCUUGGUAAUAGUUGCCGUAAUAAUGAUGCUCAUUUCAAUGAAUUAGGCACAUAUUAUAUACUCGAAUGUAAAGGCUACGAAAUACCACGUGUUGAACUUCGUAAUGCACAGACAAAUGAAUUGAUUGAAAUAUUUGAAGAGAAUCGUAAAUUGUAUCGAUUUUUGCAAACAAAAUUUAUUCCUAGAUAUGAAAAAAUUUAUGUAAAAUUAGCGGAUAAUUUUGAUGCUAUUGUUGAAUUUAUUUUACCACAUGAUUUUAAUGAAGAAAAACGAUAUCCAAUGGUGAUUGAAUUGUAUGGUGCACCUGGUACACAGAUGAUCAAAGAUAAAUAUGAAAUGAAUCAUUGGAGUUCAUAUUUGACUAGUAAACAUCAAUAUAUUUAUGCUAAAAUUGAUUGCCGUGGUACUUCGAAUCAAGGCCUACGUCAUUUACAUCAAUUGUAUAGGAAUGUUGGUCGUAUCGAAGUUGAUGAUUUAAUCAAUGUUGUUUGGUUCUUGAAAAAUAACCUAACCUAUGUUGAUCCGGAUCGUAUUGCUCUUUGGGGUUGGAGUUACGGUGGUUAUUUUUCAUUGAUGGCUUUAAUUAAACAAUUUGAUCAUCGAUUAUUUUCAUGUGCCAUUGCCGUUGCUCCGGUUUCCAAUUGGAUGUUUUAUGAUUCUGCUUAUACGGAAAAAUAUCUCGGUGUACCAAACAAUGAUGAUCCCAGCAGUAUUCAACCAUAUCAAGAUGCCAAUCUAUUAGAUUUUGUUGCCGGUUUGAGAAAUCGAAAAUUUCUAUUGAUAUACGGAACAGGUGAUGAUAACGUACACGAUCAACAUACAUUAUUAUUGAUGAGACAAUUGAAUAAAUUAAAUAUUGAUUAUGAUGUACAAAUCUAUCCUGGUGAUAAUCAUUUUCUUUCACGAUCAAGUGCACAUCUUUAUCCACGAAUGACAAGAUUUUUGCAAGAAAAAUGUUUUGGUCAAUCACAUCAAUUAUAAUAAUAAUAAUUUAUUUUAAUUGAUUAA